AUGUCUGCAACCUACAGGUCCAUCGCAAUCCUGGGCGCGUCUGGAAACGUCGGUCAAGAGCUCCUAGCGGCUCUAGCCUUGCAUCCUCGUUUUAGCGAACUCGAAUUACGCGUGCUCACCCGCAAUUCCACCAUCGCCCUCGACGGAAAACUCCCUUGGCUCAACCUCUCGACGUACACCAUCGAUUACGACUCCGACGAUGUCGAUGCGCAGCUCGCCAAUGCGCUUCGCGGCGUUGAGGUCGUCGUUAGCGUGGUGGGCGAUGACUCUGGACUCGGGUCCAAGGAUGUGCCCCACACAGGUCAUCUCCCUGGCUUUCAGGCUCAAGAGAAGGUUGCCCGUGCGGCCAAGACCGCCGGCAUCUCUCUCUUCGUUCCUGCAGAGUACGGCUAUCCUACUCAUACAAUUGAUCCAGAUGCAUCGCACUUCCUCGUCGGAAAGCGAUUGUUCUUAGAUACUUUGAACGAGCUUCAGAUACCUUAUUUGCUUCUUUACACGGGUUCAUUCCCCAAAAUCGAGCCACCCCGUAGUUCGUUGCCGGAUUGCACGCCAGAGACGCCGAAGGGGUCUCCCCCUUUCGAAACCACACGCUUUCACCUAGCGGCUUAUCUGGCGCGUCUUAUCCUCGAUCGCGGUGCACCCGGUAUCUAUCGUAUCUUGGGUGUCAAGAGGGACCGGCUGGCAACCGUUGAUGGAAAGGAGACCUGGGUCCUGGAUGAGGGCGAAGGGCUGAAGGUGUCUGGAGAAGCCUAG